GUGUACUACAAAAUAAUUGGUCAAUAUGUUGUUACAAGCACAUUAUAAAUGGCCUGUGCAAGAAGAAGAUGCAGUGAGGAAGGCUUUCUUAAGCUCAAUGAAGAAAAGAUGGAGUGACAACAUGAAGGAUGAGCGGGACAAAUGGAGGAAAAACAGUGACUACAAAUCGAUAUGGGCGCCAGAUCACCUAUGGCCAAACCUAUGCACUUACUGGGAUUCUCCCGAGUUUGCUAGUCUCAGUGGUAGGGGGAAAAAAAAUCAUGAAUUUGGUGACAGGGUGACGCACACAACAGGAUCUGUGAGUUUUGAUGUGCACAAAGAAAGGAUGACCAAAGCUGCUGAGGGGGUGAGACCGGGACAUCAAGACCUAUACAGGGAAACACAUACAAUGCAAAAAGGUGUCCCCCGAGGUGAGGAAGCUCCAUGGUGUGGCGAAAAACAUAGAGCUUGUCAUACUCAGCUUCAUGGCCAGCAAGAGAUAAUGAUGCAUGGGCAAAUGCUGUUGGGGGAUGUCAUAGCAACUUCAUGCUCGGGAUUGGGUCAUAGGUCAAUCCAGAGGAUAUUGGAUUUACCUAUAGAAAACGAGGGUUCUGACCUUGCUGAAAAACAAGCACAGGAUCGGGAGACAAUGGAGGCAAUGAGGACGGAAAUAAACCAUGUGAAGGAGGAAAGAGAAGUUAUGAAAUGCAUGAUGGAAGAGAUGGGCAGGAUGCAAUCAUGUUUGUCACAACAAUUUGCUACUUUUAAUGCAUAUGGGAUGCACCCCCCUAUGGUUGGCCCAUCAUUUCCUCCUACUGGGCAAGCAUUUCCUCCUACUGGGACAUCAUGUCCUCCUGCUGGGCCAUCAUUUCAGCAUGAUAUGUCAAUGCAGCUCCCAAUGGAGCAUGGAAUCCCCAUGGGCAAUGUAGGGAGACAGUCAAAAGCAGCUGAUACAUCCCCAAGCAAUCCUCCACAUGAUGAUUAUGUUUACCACCCGAGAUUUGAUGCAGAUUACCCAGGUCCAUUUGGGUCGGAAUGACGGUUGUGAAAGAGGUUGUGAACUUAGAACUUGUUGUGUUGUUGAUUUUUCAUGGAACUACUUUCAGUUUAUCGAUGGAUGAUUUUAAUUUGUUUGGACAUUGGUCUGUAUGUCACUUUGGAGUGAAUGUUUUACAAUAAUAUUAACUAAAUUUC